AUGUUCUGCCACAUCACUCUAUCAAUCAAAUCGUGCACAUCAAUCCCUCCAUUAUCCAUUAUGAGACUUUUUGGGGUCUCUACUCAAAGCAUACCGGCGCUACUUGCCGGUUUGCUCCUCCCACAACUAGCAAUGUCUAGCCUGACUCCUGCCACCAAGAAUUUAACGGUCUCAGGUGGUUUCACAUAUUCGUAUGUGUUCCAGCCUGCAUCCGAUCAGAAGCCCACAUUUCUCUUCGUUCACGGGUUCCCAAGUGGCAGCCAUGACUGGCGACACCAGAUCCGCGAUCUCAGCAACGCUGGGUAUGGAGUCAUUGCCCCCGACCUGUUGGGAUAUGGUGGCACAGAUAAGCCUUCGGAAGUCGAGGAGUAUUCGGUUUGGAAAAUCGCCUCCCACAUGGCCAACAUUCUUGAGCAUGAGGAGAUAUCUCAGGUCAUUGGGGUUGGUCAUGACUGGGGAUGUAGUGCUCUUGGAAUGCUGGCAAACCGCUACCCUGAGUAUCUGUCAGCAUUGGUCUUCAUGGCCGUACCCUACUCAGCGCCAGGCCCAUUCGAUCUCGAUGCCAUCAAUAACUUGACCGAGGAAACUUUCGGCUAUCCGAGCUUUGGCUACUGGAACUUUUUUAAUGAAUCCGACUCAGCUACCGUGUUGGACGAGCACGUUGAAUCUUCUGCUUCAAUCACUUACCCCAACGAACCCUCUCUCUGGAAGACGGACCUUUGCCCCUUCGGAAAAGCACGCGAAUGGAUCACCAGCGACAAGAGAGCGCCCCUUCCAUCGUGGCUCACGCAAGAAGAGUCAGACAAACACAUUUCGAUCCUACGGGAUGGCGGAUCCACCGGCCCACUCAACUGGUACAAAGCCGGAAUGAGAAACAUCGACGUUGAUAAAUACGACCAGAUUCCUGCUUCUAACCUUAUCAUCAAGCAACAGACAUUAUUUUUGAUGGGUCAAGACGAUGCCGCGAGCAGACCGGAGCUAGCGAAGUCGGCUGCCGAGCAAGGGAAAACCGAGGGGUACUUGCCAAAUGUUGAGGUGCAAGAGCUGGAGGGCUGUGGGCAUUGGAUACAGUUGGAAAAGCCGCAGGAAGUCUUUGUUGCUUUGGAGGGCGUCGCUAAGAAGGCGUGCAAGUAG